GCAGCCAGGCUGAGAAUCACUGCUCCGUAAGUGGGAUGUCUGGGGAGUGGGAGAUCAAAUAACUUCUCACAGCACCUAUUCUAGAGAUCAGUGGGGCAGAAAGAUAGAAAUAAAAGGUGGAAAAGGACGAAAUGGGUAAGUGUGGGUGAACUAGUUCCAGGGAAACGGCAAUCUCCACUGUGGAUUCAGGGAAGGCGUCACUGAGGAGGGCUUUCUUAACAGUUCAUUCAGGUCAAUGGAAGCCAUCUUGAAGCACACACAUCGUGCGCGGCAUCCUCCGGGGAGGUCGGGUCAUCUCACCCUAUUUUACUGCCGAGAUGACCUAGGUCCAGAGACGGUAAAGAGCGGUGUACCACUCACACAAGUCGGGGGGGGGGUCCUGUGAACUGAGGUUGAGCCUGGCGGGCGCAAGGCUCGGGGUGUUCGGCCCGAGAUCUUUAAGCGAAGCCACUAGACCCCGCGUUCAAAGCCCAGAGGUAGGCAGGCGGCUGGCUCUCGGCCUCAGGCCUGGAGAGAACCCAGCGGGUACCAACCUCAACCUCGCUCCCGCGUCCAGGUGGAGAGGCGGAACUGGUCGGCCCCGCCUCCGGGUUAAACAAAGUUCGUUACCUCCUAGGCGUGAGGGGGUGUGGCAGUCUUAUUGCCACUUCCGGGCGAAUAGGUUAGCGAGAAGGAACCCCUCCAUUACGCGACGGCGUGGUCUGACGUCACUUCCGCGCGCCGCCGCAAACGUCAGUGUCGGGCGCAGACCGCGGCAGUGCGGCUGGCUGUUGGAAGUUCAGGCUCGGUUGUCUUUUGGGAGCCAUGGAGAGUGACUUUUAUCUGCGUUACUACGUGGGGCACAAGGGCAAGUUCGGCCACGAGUUCCUGGAGUUUGAGUUCCGACCGGACGGGAAGUUAAGAUAUGCCAACAACAGCAAUUACAAGAAUGAUGUCAUGAUCAGAAAAGAGGCUUAUGUACAUAAAAGCGUGAUGGAGGAACUGAAGAGAAUAAUUGAUGACAGUGAAAUUACCAAAGAGGAUGAUGCAUUGUGGCCUCCUCCUGACCGAGUGGGCCGGCAGGAGCUUGAAAUCGUCAUUGGAGAUGAACACAUUUCUUUUACAACAUCAAAAAUUGGUUCCCUUAUUGAUGUCAAUCAAUCCAAGGAUCCAGAAGGCUUACGAGUAUUUUAUUAUCUUGUCCAGGACCUGAAGUGUUUGGUCUUCAGUCUUAUUGGAUUACACUUCAAGAUUAAACCAAUCUAGAUUGAAUAUUGGUGUGGACAUGGGGGAGUGGGUGGGAGUAGAAAAUUUUGUGUAUAUCAGGGCAGUAUUUUUUUAUAAACUAUAAAUGAUUGUCUUUAAUAAAUAAGUGAUAAAAUCCAAU